CGAAGUCAUGGGUUAAAGAUGCUCAAACAUUUCUGUAAGGUGGACCCAAGCUUAAUGCAAGGAACUGUCUUUCAUACCUCUUGUACAAUGAACCAGUUUCCCAUGCCUUUUGGUAUUGACAGAAAAGUAGAAGCACCACUGCAGCUAAAGUGAUUGUGAACAUGGAGAAGUAAUGUUAGGAGAGUAUGCACAAUGAUCCUUAAGUCUUUCAAUGUUACUGAGAAACUAUUGAGAGCGACUCAGCAGGGUAUGACCAGCCAGGCAUCCACAGACUGCCAUCAGGUGCUGCAUGGGCAGAACACAAGGUAAUGAUGAGGAUAAACAAGCUGAUUUUUUUAAAAUUACCUUUUUAUUUUUUUUCCAAGUGAGAGAAACAAAGGCUGACAAUGACAUUCUUCUUGUCUCUUCACAGCGUAAGUGAAGGGAAGGAGAUGCACAGUUGAUAAGUAUGACUUAUAAACAAGCAAAAUCCUUAGAAAACUUCUGAAGUAAAAUGUGCUAAUUUUCUUCCUUGUUUCCCCCUCCCACCUCUUUUUGUCUUUUAGACAGUUUCUUCCCAGUUCUAGGCCUGGCUGUGUCACUGACAACUUUGAUAUAUCCAUAGGCAAUAUCCUGCCCUAUCACUUCCCCAUCUAAAAUGCUUUCCUGCAUCCUACAGCUGCUCAGCAUGUCUUGGCUGCUCCAGCUCUGCACGCUCUGACCAUGAGCAGCAAUUCCUCUCUCAGCAACGUGAAGGGCCUGAGGAACCUCACCACUCAGGAAGACGGGGCGGUCAGAGUCACCGAGUCCAUUGCUAUAAUAGUCAUUGCUAUCUUCAUCUGCUUGGGCAACCUGGUGAUUGUCGUCACCCUCUAUCGGAAGUCUUACCUUCUCACCUUGAGCAACAAGUUUGUGUUCAGCCUGACCCUCUCCAACUUUCUACUGUCUGUAUUGGUGCUGCCUUUUGUUGUCACCAGCUCCAUCAGGCGGGAAUGGAUCUUCGGAGUGGUCUGGUGCAAUUUCUCAGCCCUGCUGUACAUGCUGAUCAGCUCAGCCAGCAUGCUUACUCUUGGACUCAUAGCUAUAGACCGGUACUAUGCUGUCCUGUACCCAAUGGUUUACCCCAUGAAGAUAACAGGCAACAGAGCAGUGGUAGCUCUUGUAUAUGUGUGGCUGCAUUCCCUUAUUGGCUGCCUCCCUCCUCUUUUCGGCUGGUCAUCUUUGGAGUUUGACCAAUUCAAGUGGAUGUGUGUGGCAGCCUGGCAUAAAGAGGUUGGCUACACUGCCUUCUGGCAGAUCUGGUGCGCGUUGCUGCCUUUCGUGGUCAUGAUGAUCUGCUAUGGAUUCAUAUUCCGUGUGGCGAGGAUUAAGGCCCGCAAAAUCCACUGUGGUAGCGUGGUCAUUGUGGAGGAUGAUUCCCAGAGGAACGGGAGGAAGAACUCCAGCACCUCCACAUCCUCUUCUGGCAGCCGAAGGAAUGCUUUCCAAGGGGUUGUCUACUCAGCUAACCAGUGCAAGGCUUUCAUAACCAUUUUGGUUGUCAUCGGUGCCUUUGUGAUUACAUGGGGACCUUACAUGGUAGUAAUUACAUCAGAGGCCCUUUGGGGAAAAAACAGUAUUUCCCCUGCCUUGGAGACAUUAGCUACGUGGUUGUCCUUCUCCAGUGCCAUUUGCCAUCCCCUAAUUUAUGGACUGUGGAACAAGACGGUGCGCAAGGAACUACUAGGAAUGUGUUUUGGGGAUCGGUACUACCGUGAGUCCUUUGUGCAGCGGCAUCGGACAUCAAGGCUAUUCAGCAUUUCCAAUAGGAUCACAGAUUUGGGGCUAUCUCCUCAUCUCACUGCCCUCAUGGCAGGUGGUCGGCCAUUAGGAAACAGCAGCAGCACAGGAGACACAGGCUUCAGCUGCUCACAGGAUUCAGGAACAGAUACAAUGCUGCUUGAAGAUUAUAGCUCAGAUGGCACUCAUGUCCCACACUGCAUCUGUCCUCCUCGGAGGAGGAGUUCAGUGACAUUUGAAGACGAAGUAGAGCAAAUUAAAGGUGGGAUUAAGGAAGCCGCAAAGAAUUCUGUUUUUCAUGUAAAAGCCGAAGUCCAUAAAUCUCUGGACAGUUAUGCAUCCAGUUUAGCAAGAGCUAUUGAAGCCGAUGUGAAAAUCAGCUUGUUUGGAAAAGAUGCUUUACCAGGAGCUCUGUUCCCUGUGAGAACUUUGCCAGGAAGCACUAUGAACCCACGUCGGGGUGUCAGGCCCCAUGCCAGCCAAAGACUUCACUUGCAGAGCAUCGAUGAAGGGAAUGUUUGACCAGGAGCACUGAAGUAAGAGAACAGAAUGAAACCACUAAACAGGACCUACUACAGCUGUUAGUUUUUCAGCAGAAGCAGGGUUCCCUGUCAGGAUGUUUUCAGUGGUUUUUUUCCAGCACUUGAAAAACAGCUGAAUUCUGAUACUUGUUUACUGUUUAGGGGUGCUAUUGACUCUUCUGUGCCGUGUCUUAAAUCUAUCACACAAUGCAUAAGAAUGCAGAGUUUCAUUUCUUCCACCAGAUCAGUAGUCUGUUGAAUUUUAAGUCCAUUAUUGGCCAAAGCCAAUACAGGAUGAG